UUUGCCAAGUAAAACAUGCUCCGGAACGUAGUGGUUCAUUUGGUUUCAGAGGUCGGUAUUUGGAGAGGGACAGGAAGUGGCUGGUGUUCCAAGCGUGCGGAGGGUUGGUGUACAGACAGCAUGGGGAAGACUCGCAGGAGUCAAAGGUUCCAGAAACCAAAAGUAGGGGAGGAUGUAUAUGAUGAGUCCUUGGCAAAAGCGGACAUCCCUUCCACUAAAGAGAUAUCUUCGGAAUAUUUCAAUGAUGAAAUUGAUAACUAUCAUGAAGAAAAAUUCAAGAGCUUAGUGAAAAGAGGAGUGGAGUUUGACAGCGAUGAAGAACAAAUGGACAGUGAGGAUGAGGUUAUGCCUCUUGACAUCCAUGAAGAAGAUGAGGAUGAUGACGAUGGUGACCAGAGUUCGAUGGAAAGUGACCUAGAAGAGCGUCGUAAUGAUGGUCUUCCGGAUGAAAUGGCAUGGGGACAAAGGAAGAAGAUAUAUUAUGACACAGACUACGCAGAAUACAGCACAAAAAAAGUAAAGAAAAGUAAAGAAGAAAUUGAUGCUGAGGCAGAAGAAGAAGAGGAGGAAGCCCAAAAUAUCCAAAGGCGAUUGGCAAUAACCCUUAAUGAAGAAGACUAUGGCUUGGAUUUUAUUCAGGAAUUCGGAGAAAAGCAAAGUGAAGAGAAGCAAUCAGAACAAAAAAUUGUCAAAGACUUAAACAAAAUGUCUGAAAAAGAGAAGAGAAAGCUGCUCAAGAAGGAAUCCCCUGAGUUGCUGGAACUCAUGCAAGAUUUAAAACUUAAGUUGGCAGAAGUAAAAAAUGAACUGGAGCCACUACUUAAACUGGUGAAAAAUGGAACCAUUCCUAAAGGAAAGGGAAGUACAUAUCUUCAGACAAAAUACCAGCUAUAUUUAAAUUACUGCACAAACAUCAGCUAUUACUUAAUCCUGAAAGCCAAGAGAAUCUCCAUCCAUGGUCAUCCCGUAAUAGAAAGGCUUGUAACUUAUAGAAAUCUAAUAAACGAUUUGAAUAUUGUGGAUCAAAGAUUGUCCUCAGAAAUCAAGCAACUUCUUACCCAAGAUUUCAACGAAACUGAAGUGGGACAAAAAAAUUCCUCCAGCUUACCAAAGACUUCUAAGAAAGCUGCCACAAAGAGACCUUUGCCUGACAUACAGUAUGAUGAAGAUUCUGACCUUGAUGAGGAAGUUGCUCUAAAAUACUAUAAGGAAAUGGAACAGAAAUUGCUAGAGAAGAGGAAUCGCGGAGAAGAAAAUCUUGUUACUGACCUUCCAUCUGAGGAACUGGAUCCAAAUGCAAAAAGAGCUAUCACUUAUCAGAUUGCAAAGAAUAAAGGACUUACACCUAAAAGAAAGAAGCUGGACCGAAAUCCCAGAGUUAAACACAGGGAAAAAUUCCGACGUGCUAAAAUUCGCAGAAAGGGCCAGGUCCGUGAGGUGCGUAAAGAAGAAGCCAGAUAUUCUGGGGAAUUGUCUGGAAUUCGAGCUGGUGUCAAGAAAAGCAUCAAACUUAAGUAAAGAGUUUCAAAGACACGCUACUCGUAUAUGUAUAAUAAAGUUUUAUUUUUAAUCAUGUA